AUGAAGAAAGUUGUUGUCGCCCUCGCGCUCGCGGCCGGCGCGCUCACGGUGGUCCUGCUGAGCGUGGAAUCCCCCGACACCCGGAUCCGGGUCGAGGCGCAAACCGUCUCCCCGCGGGACUUCCUCGCCACCGUCGAAGCCUCCGGGGUGGUUCGCCCCGAGGAGAGCGUGGACAUCUCGGCCGAGGUGGUCGGCCGGCUGCUGGCGAUCCGCGUCCGCCCGGGCGAUCCGGUCGCUCCCGGGCAGAUCGUCGCGCUCAUUGACGACGCCAUCCAGCGCCCCAUCGUGGAAGAGCAACGGGCCGGAUUGCGGGAGGCCGAGGCCAUCCUCGCCGACGCCGAGGUGGCCGAGCGGGACGCCCGGCGGGAGCGCGAACGCGCCGGCUCGCUCCACGCCGAAGGAGUGGUCAGCGCCCGGGCGGUCGAGGAAGCGCAGGUCGCACUGGACCGCGCCGGCAUUGCCGCCGACCGAGCCCGUCAGAACAUCGAGCGCGCCCGCUCCGCGCUCCGCCGCACCGAGGAGAACCUGGCGAAGACCGUGGUCCGGUCGCCCAUGCAGGGCAUCGUCCUGGAGGUCGAACUGGAGGAGGGCGAGCUGGCGGACAUCCCCGAGGUGGAUGUGGUGAGCGUCGAGUUGGGGCAGCCGGUGGAGAUCACGCUCAGCGCUCUCCGCGGGACAACGCUCUCCGGUGAGGUGAUCGAGAUCCAGCGGGUGGGUCAGCGGGAUGAGACCGCCCGGCUCGGCGCCGCCGGCCAGGGGGCCGAGUUCCUCGCCAAGAUCCGCGUCCAUGAUCCGCCGCCGGCCGUCCGCCCCUCGAUGAGCGCCCAGGUCCGGAUCGAGACCGAACGGCGCGCCGACGCGCUCGCGGUCCCGAUCGGGGCGCUGCUGCGGCGCUUUCCGGAGGGCGCCGGCAGCGGGAGUCUCUCCGUGUCGCUCAGCGGCGGGGAAGGCGCCAAUGUCUCCGGCCAGACGACGUCCCGCGCGCCUGGCUGGCAGGUGGCCUUCGUGAUCGAGGACGACCGGGUGGCCGAACGGCGGGUCACGACCGGCCUCUCCGACCUGCUCGAGGUCGAAAUCACCGCCGGUCUCACCGCCGGAGAUGUGGUGGUGGUGGGACCGCCCUUGAUCCUGCGCGAAUUGUCGGACGGCGACGAGGUGAUCGUCGAGGCCGAGGACGGCGACCCCGACCCGGAUCGGUGA